AUGUCUUUGGAACCACUCGCGUCCCCCCAUAGCGUUUCCGACUCGGGAGCAGCUUUCACAAGCUCCUCCGCCCUCGACUUCCUCCUCAUCGAACUGGUCCCUCUUGCGUACCGGGUCACUGGCGAGACCCUGCCCCCUCGUUAUUCCGAGAGCAAUGGCGCCGGAGCUCCUACCGCCGCUGGUGCCGCCACGAUAAGCACCGCAAAUACACAGAAUACACCGGCAAACGGAACUGCCCCCUCGGCCACUUUCCCUAGCCGCGUGGACGAGGACGAUGCCGCAGAUGCAGCAAGGCAUAGGCUUGAGACAUUGGGGUAUCGGGUUGGCCAGGGUUUAGUGGAAAGGUUCUCCCGAGACCGCCCUCGAUUUAAUGACACCCUCGACGUCAUCAAAUUUCUUUGCAAAGACCUCUGGUCUCUUGUUUUUGGAAAGAACAUAGACAACCUAAAGACCAACCACCGGGGGGUGUAUGUCCUAACCGACAAUGUUUUCCGCCCAUUCACCCGUAUGAGCACAGAAGCUGGCGGCCAAGCAGUGGUUCGCGCUCAGCCAUUCUUAUGGUUUCCUUGCGGAAUUGUUAGAGGAGCCUUGGCCGCACUGGGCAUCGAAGCUACUGUGCAAGCGGAAAUCAACGAAUUGCCAGGAGCAGUGUUCCAAAUUAAGACCAUUCCUCCAAAAUCUUAA